GUUGUGUGUGGCAGCCGCCAGAUAACGGUAUUAUUGUCAGUCUGUUGUUUUCUUUUGUACCCGUGGUGGUAAUUAAGACACAUCGGAAAAUGUGAACUUCUUCGACUCAUGGUCACUAUUCGUGUUAUUUCUGCUUCAUUUUGUUAGAUUCCGAUCAGCGCCCUUGUCCCUUUUCGGAGGGUGAUGCUUAUCGACCUCGUCGUUUGUCGUCGAUGCCAUUUUUAAUGCGUUGCGUAUGAAACCGAUUCGAAUAUUGAUUGUUAUCGAUUCGAUGGUUGUUCUUAACAUUUAACAUAUGUAUGUAUAAGUAUAUAGUAACAUUUAACAACAAUGCCGGACACGGACAAAAGUUUAUUACCAAACAAUCGCGCGGUCGUGGACUCUAAAAACAAUAUUAUGAAUUCUCUACAAGUGUCAAAAACUGAAAGUCAUACUAUUAAAUCAAAAGCUGUUGUUAAGUAUUCUUCUGUCCUACGACCUGCCAAUUUCGCUCAUCUUCAAUGUAACACUGAUCUGAAUUUACCACCAUCAAAUUGGUUGAGCAGUGCAGCAGAAUCUUAUGGAUUACAACACAUGUCUUCUCAUUCAGAUGGGUUUUCUAGUUUUCAAAUGGCUCAUAUGUUUCCUGAUUGCAUUGGUGAAGUGGAUGUAGUAUCAGAUGCUGAAAACAUUAAACGCCUAUUGAAAAUACCUUACAGCAACAGAUCUGUUAGCAUGAUGGUUCACAGAAUUGAAAAUACAUUACUUAUAGAUGAAUUUGAUGUUCACAAACACUUGAUGGUUCAAACAGAAGAUGAUUGGGAAUGGUUAAGAAAAUUUUUCUACAAUCACAUUUUAGAAUCUUUUGAUAGAAAGGAAAAAUGUAUCACUCACAAAGUGAAUACUUUUGAUGUAAUUCAACAGAGAAAUCUGAAUUCAAAGUUUUUGCAUUAUAGCAUUGCUGAUUCAACAAAUUCUAGUAAUAACAACCAAUUGCCAAAUACAAUUUUACCUAGUCCACCUUCUUCAUCAGCUCCUCCUUUACCAGAACCUUCACCUGAAGAAGAAUUUCCCGAUGAUCCUAAAACCCAUAGAAUGUUUAACCAAAAUGUUUUAUGGAAUUUUGAAGAUUUAAGAAUGUUACUUGGUACAGAUUUGCCAAUUUUUGGAGGUGGCACCUAUCCUUGCCUAAGUUUAAGAUUAAGAGAUAUGUCAAAACCUAUUAGUGUGUUAACUGGGAUCGAUUACUGGUUAGAUAAUUUAAUGUGUAAUGUUCCUGAAGUUGUUAUGUGUUAUCAUUUAAAUGGUAUUGUUCAAAAAUAUGAGCUUGUAAAAACUGAAGAUUUACCAUAUUUGAAUGAUUCAAAAUUUUCACCCAAAGUUAUAAGAGAUGUUGCACAAAAUAUAUUGUCAUUUUUGAAAUCAAAUACUACUAAAGCUGGACAUACUUAUUGGUUAUUUAAAGGAAAAAAUGAUGAUAUCGUAAAGUUGUAUGAUUUGACAUCUUUAUGUUCUGAAUCAUUAGUUGAAGGACGUUGCGAAGGUCAAAAUCCAUUUACUGUUCCAGUGGCUAUGCUUUUAUAUCGUGUUGCUCGCAAUUUAAAACAUAACCCAGAUGAUGGAAGACCAUCUAGUCCAGUUACUAUCCAAAUGUUACUAAACAAUUGUUUAAAAUUAUUAGACAAAACUAAGUAUCCUCAAAUUGUUACAUCUGUGAACUACAUGUUAUCUGAUCUCUACAUUCCGGUUAGUACCAAUCCUACAUCACCAAAAUUAGAUGAUUUAACUAAUGUGGGUGAAGAUUCACUCACUUCUUGCGUUGAUCCCAAUGACGAAUCAUAUGGUUGUGAUGAUGACAAGAAGCCUACCUAUUCUGUUGACGUACAUGACCUAUGUUUAUCACACAAGAAGAAAAAUAAAUCCAAAAAACCAAAGUUUGCUUCAACAGAACCUGUAGUGAAAACAUUAGAAGAACGUUGCCAAAAAGCAUUAUAUCAUGUGGGUUGUGGUUUAAGCUGUUUACAAUAUUUUAAGAACCUUAAUCCACAGUUUAUGGAUGAAAAAAAUAUGAAAGAGAUGGAAGAUGAACCCAAAAUGGCAACAUCAUCUGAGGCUAUACCUAUGCCAUAUCUUGUGCCUGAAAUUGAUAAAAAAGUCAUAAAGGAUGAAAAGGUUUUAAAUAAAAGUAAUAAAAAUAAAAAUCGUAAACGUAAUAAAGGGAAUAUAGUUACUGAAAAUGAUGACACCACAAAUGUUCCUAGUACAUUACUUUGUAAAUCCAUUGCUGAAACUAUGCCAACUUGGCAUAAUCCACCCGAUGCCAAAGAUAGUGUUUCAUGGAAAAAACACCUUAGAGUAUUACUUUAUGAAAAAGCAUGUUUAUCAUAUGCUGUAUUAGCUGAACAUGAGUUUAUAUGUGCAAAGUAUGGAAGAGCUUUAAAGCAUUUUCGUUCUGUGUUUGAAUGCCGAUUGUGCAUUAGCAACACAAACACUAACGAUUUAUUUGGGUUUUUAUUAGGGCGUUGUGGAGAUUGCUGUUUGUUGAUUGCCCAAAACUGGGAUAAUGCUCAACAGUUUACAAAUGAGUUAGAGACUGAUGAAAAGUAUGAUUUAGAAAUAAGAGAAGCAUUAAAAGAUGAAUGUGAUGAUUAUACGCAAGAAGACUUCAAUUUGAUACCAAUUAAAUUUGAAUCAAAAGAAGAGAUGUUGAACGUUGCAGUUAACUGUUACAUACGUUCUUUAGAAUUAGAAAAAAAUGAUAAACAUAAAAAUAAUUUAAAUAGAAGAAUUGGAAAUGUUUACAAUGAAAUCACUUCAGGGUAUAUUUGUGAAAUUGCAACUGCUUUAAAAGAUAAAGUUGAAUUAAGUCCUUCUAGAUUGCAAUGGUUACUAAAACAAUCUCAAUAUUAUUUAUCAAUGGGAAUUGAUAAAUUUGAAAGUACUGAUGAUUUAAUUAACCUUGCGCUGUUGUAUUCAAACAUGGGCCGAUUGUACAGACAUGUAUCAUAUUAUUCAUCACAAUAUUUGGUUUCCUAUGGUGAAUUUUUAAAAGAUAAAGAUUUUAUUAAUAAGGCUAUUGAAAGCUAUACAAAAGGUUUGGCAGUUUUGGGCAGUCGUCGUUUUAAUACUCAACUGUGGGACAUGAUUAGUUGGGAUUUAUCCACAACUAUUUACAAUUUUGCUAUACAAUCUCAAAAUGAUCCAUCUGAAUUUAAUGAUAGAGCUGAAGCUGAAAAAGAAGUUAUCACUUUACUCCUAAAAGCUUUGAAAUAUUGUGAUUUAGAAAAUGAUUCUUCUAGAAAAUUGUUGUACGAAUUUAGAGCAGCAUAUAUUCACGAUCGAUUAGCAUCUUUGUAUCAUCAUCGUUUAAGGUGUUUGGAAGUUGACAUCCCAAAGUUUAAAACUACUCUUCACCAAUGCUUGUCUCACUAUAAUCGUGCUUUUGAAAUGUUCUUAAAAUUAGAUCGUCCAUUAGAGUGUCUUGAAAUACUUAUCAAAAUCAUUGCUCUAGAUGAGCUUCAAAUUGAUAGUGCAACAAAUUGUCAGUCUAAAGUAAAAUUUGUCAUGUCCAUUACACAAACUUUGGGGAAAUGCAGUGAUGUCUUAAAGAUGUUGAUGGAAAACAAUUUUGAAGAAACUAAAGAUAAAAGUUCACUAGAUAAUGAAUGUCUUGACAAAACCGAGCGGAGUGGUGAAGAAGACGAGGACAGCAUAAAGAAGAAAAAAAAGUUGUUAGCCCUGUUAGAAGAAAGAUUACAAUUUAUUCUGAAAUGCAUGAUUAAACUGGCUUUGGCAAAAACAUCCAAGUUAGCCAACAAAACCAAUGAGUUGAAAACAAUUUAUGGUGAGUUAUUGAGAAGAUGCAAUGAUGGUGCUGAUGACUAUUCUCAUUUACUUAGAGUAGUAACUAAGAUAGCUGAAUUACAUUUUUAAGUUUAAUUUUCUAUCUACGUUUUAUUACAAAAUAGUUGUGAUAUUAUAUUUAAUUUCCA